AUGGCAGAACCGUGGCGAGGCGUCUGUCAGCUCAGAUCCCGCAGCGAAGCCGCGCAGACUCUCGAGGAAGGAGAGCGAGUCAGGCUAGGGGACGAACUGCAUGCCGACUCAGACAGAAGAAGAGGGGCGGAGGGAGGAGACGCUUCCCCUCGGAGUUCGGGAGAGGAAACAGGAAAUAGUUUUGGGAGAUCUGGCUCGCUUCAUGGCUCCGAUCGUCAUGCCGCUUCCGGUGUCUCUGUCCGUUCGUCUGGCCAGUUCCUGUGCCCAGAAGUGACGGAAGCAGACGUGAGUUCUCCUGGGGGUUUCGCGUCCUCUUCUUCGCUGCCAUCCGUUUUGUUGGCCUCUUCGUCUGAGUCUUCUUCCGCAGUAUUUUCUCCUCGAACUUGCUCACCUGCUUCCGUGCUGCUCCCUCUACCUCAAAAUGGUGCCUCUGUUCCUCUGAACAAGAGUCUUCCUUACAAAGGUUUGGCGCAGUCUCCUCCAUGCCGCAUCACCCUUGCAGCAUGCUCCUCUGCGUCUCUGCUAAAGUCGGAAAGUUCUCUUUCAGCAGAGCUGCCUUGUUCUUCGCAUUCGUGUCGUGACACCUCACCUCCGCAGCUGGUCGCGUCUUCGUCUCUGGCCUCUGUCUCCGGUGUUGCUCGAGGCGAAGGGGAAGAGAUAGGACAGCAAGAGGCGCCUCGAAGGCUCUCUUCUUCUGACCCCACCUCGUCUUCUGCGCCGACGGAGGACCCGCCUCCCGGGCACCAAGCCGAAUUCGCAGCUCGCGCAAAAACCGAAGAAAAGUUCGCGUCUCUGGCACACGUUCGGGAAGUGCAGACGAAGGAAAGAGGAGACCAGCGACUCCCGGGACUGACCGGAGGAGACAGAGAUGGAGGCGGAACUGGCACAGCUAGCGACGGGAGAGGAGCCGAUGGAACCGAGUUGAGAGGGGCUUCCUUUCUUUGGGAGAAGUCGCCUCCACACGCGAGAGAUGACUUGCAGACAAACGCGUUCCGAGAUCGACAGCGUGCAUGCGUUGCAACUGGGGAGCACGGGAUGAGAGAAGGAGAGAAGCACAAGACAGAGACGGGUGGACUUCGUGAGAAGGUGACCUCCGCGGCGCCGGGCAGCAAGGAGACAUCCCGUGCAGGAAAUCCUGAAGACACCGAGCGAGAUUCUUGCUCCGAGCAGGCACCGCGAGAGAGCCGACUCCUCACUGCUGAAGAGAAGCUCGCGGUUCUGCAAAAGCAUGUUCAACAUCUUUUUGCCCGAGAACCUGGCGCAGCCGUCCGAACUCGGCUUGCGUCGCGCGCAGAAGCUCUGAGAGAGUCGCCUCUGGAUUUGGAGAAACUCCGCAGUCUGUGCGCAGCAGGCAUGCCCGAUCUUUGCCCAGCCAUGCGUGCCAUGUACUGGCGAAUUCUCCUCGGAUAUCUCUCGCCCGAUCCUUCUCGUUGGCAAGAAGACAUGGAAAAAAAAAGAAGCGCCUACCAGAGUUACAAGGACGACUUCAUAAAAGAGCCCGAGCUGGUUCGGCGCCUCAGACAGACGCGUCCUUCAUGUUCGAAACAGGAGAGCGAGGUGUCUCUCUUUCCCUCUUUGGCGCUGCACUCUGUCGCAUCAAAUUCUUUGUUUUUGGGUCCACUUACUUCGCCUCAGAGAGACCUAACGACACCUGGUGCCUCCACGACGACCCGUCAGGAGCCUUCGCCUCCCUGUGAAGCCUCUUCCUCUUCUUUUUUCUCCUCUCCUUCGUCUUCUUCUCUCACAGAUGUGUCUGCUGUUUUACCAUCUCCUUCUGCCGCAGAGCUGUUGUCUCCUUCCUGUGCCGCUGCGACGCUGCCGCCUGUCUCCUCUCCUUCGCUCUCUGCGUCUCCUGGAAAUGUCCGAAAUGCGCAGUCACUGCUCGCGGCGUUGGUAGGCCCACCCUCUGCUGAGAAGGGCCUCCAGGAGAAGCAGACUUUCAGCUUUGAUCAGGAGAAAGCCUGCUCUCUCUUCGGCGAUUCAAGCGAAACUCACCCACAUCGGUCGCGUCCCGCCUUGACUUCUGCAAAGAAAUCUCCACUUUUUGGGGAAGACAGCGAUGCAUCGGCUCUGCCGUCAGCCGCGUCAUCGAUGCUGGUGUCCAGGCCUCCCUCUCUCUUUGCUGAGAAAACAUCUUCCAGGCUCGACGCCCCCGGCUCUUCUGUGCCUGGUUUCCGUCCUUCUGUGCCUCUGUUUCCAGCUCAGAAAGAGCAAGAGGAGACUGCGACAACUGUCUCUUCCUGCACACUUGGGUCGACAGCAGAAGGACAUCAAGGCCCCGCGGUCGCCUCAGCGGCCUCCGGGCGACCGACUGGCUCAGGGCCUCACGGCCGGCAGCUCCUGACGCGUCCGUUGAACCUCGAAUCAGUCAGCGACCAUCCUCUGAGUCAGAAGACAAGUAGCGAAUGGAGAAGCUAUUGGGACGACGCUGACAUCUUCGAUCAAAUCAACAAAGACGUUUUUCGCACGCGGCCAGAGCUGGCGUUCUUCAACUACGAUCCUGGCCUCAGUCUCCAACAUCAACACGAACGACUGCUGCGGGCGUUACAAACUUCGCCGGGCCAGGCGGCGCCCCAGGGGUCUCCCAACCUACGAUCUUUCGCCCAAGGGACGAGUGAAGAAGAGGAGCCGAUUCCUCUGUUGGUGGACUACGAGACUCUGAUGCUUCAGAAGGUGCCAUCGCAGGACCUUAGCCGCAUCAGCGACUCUUCGGUCUCUUCGGGUGCAUCUGCGGCGUCUCACGCCUCCAAACCGGGCCGGUUCAGUUUGCGAAGAGCCUUUCUUUCACGAAAGACCAACGCGUCUUCCGAGUCUUCUCGGUCCUCACCUUCUGUCGCUGCCGUCCGCGCUUCGCUCCUGCCCUCGGACAAAGGUACCUUUUGUUCCGAGGCGGCAAACGGCGUCACAGCCGAUGGCUCAGGCGCUGCUCUCCACUCGCGUUUGGACGCCACCGCCGAACCGUCCGGAAGCGAAGUUACGAGGCCGCUGGGCUCCACGAAGCCUCCGCUGUCUCUCUCGCCCUGUCGCGGCUGUCCGCCGAAUCUGGAGGGUGGAGGAUCGGCUUUGGCUUGCCGGUUUUCCAGUGACAUCGGGAGGCAGGGCUCUUCGCCCUCGCCAACGUCGCUGUCCACGAAGACGGGGCACAGUCCCUCGUCCUUGGUUCGCUUCUUUGCGUCGGGCCUUGUGUCUCCUCGGCGGUCGCAGCGCCCCAAGCCCGGCGUCUCGCCAGGACAAGGUCAUGCAGGAGCGGCGGAAGACGCGCCUCUGCGCGAGGGCCUUGUUUUCGAGCCCAACGGGCGGGGGUCGGAGAAGACAGGAGAGGAAACGCAGGCCUCGCUGACCCUCUCGGAGAAGAAAGAGGGCCGGGCAAAGGUAGAAGAACACGAUACGCAUCAAGAGUAUUUUGUGACAGCGAAGGAGCUCGGGGCGCACCGAGGAGACGGGGAGACAGCCGUUGGAGCCCAGACGCAAGGCAACUGGCCCCUGGAGGGGACGUCCCUCGGUUCCUCAAGAAAACUGGGUACUGAGAUUACGAAGACAACGAGAGGAGCCGCAAAUUUGGGAGCAGCUUUCGCAGACUUAAACGCAAACGGUGCAGUAAAAGAAGACAGGAAGGCCCUCGAUUUUCUCGAGAGCGACGGCUGCCCACAUGGCGAAGUGCGAGAGAUUUACCAAGGCAACCCUCAACUGGACGAAAACCCCGUGAAUUUUUCGGUGGAGAACUCCAUCUCUGUCGAGGCGGCUAGCGCGGACCGACUCCCUCCAGGUACGAGGAUGCCUGCGUUCACAAGGGCUUCACCUUCUUUUUCUCCUUUGGCUGCGCAGGAGACUCAGGCUCUCGGGCGUCCGGCGCCCGUCGAGGCGCCGGUGGCUAGCCAAACGCCCAAGGAGGCGAAGGAGACUGUGUCCCCGCUGUCUCUUGUGGGUAGCACGUCCCGCCUUCACUCCUCGCGAGACCCCCUGGAGUCCCCAGAAGGCUACAGUCCCUUCGCUGAGACACCGGAGCGACUUGCGGGAGACUUGGCAAAAACAACCGGAGAGCAUUCGGAGGAACGCCUCUCAGAGAGAGACCUUCCGUGGGCGGGAGAAAGAAGGCUGGACACAGCAGGAGACAGUCCGCAAGCCUUGGCUUUGGGGACUUUUAAACAGACGACGGGACAGGCCAAACCGCCACAAGUCGAAGAAGCCCAAAGACCCCGAGUGAUUGUGGGGUGGGAUGAACAAGAUGGACAAGUGCCUCAGAACACCGUGCAGAAGAAAGACGUGCCUUUUGUAUCGACAGAGAUCUGUCAGUUGUCGGGGAUUCCUCCAGAGGCACCGGGCGACCGCGGGGAAGCGGCGGCGAAGAGGGAACACAGGUCGGGGAACCAACUUGGCUUCUCACACAGAGACAACGUCGCUGAGGCGACGGAAAGUGGGGAGGAGACCCCAGGCGCGCCAGGCAAUGCGGCGUUCUCCGCUUUUUCCGGUGCCGAUCUGCAUGCGUUGGCGAGUGAUGAAGCGUCAAACUCGUCCGAGGAGACAGUCCCCCUCCUUCAGCCUUGUCGGGCCCCUGCUGGCAUGCAAGACACUUGCGACUUGUUGGAGCCGCGCAGACACUACGACUUGCUGGGACGGAUUCUCUUCGUGUACGCGAAGGUGAAUCCAGGCAUUCGAUAUGUUCAGGGAAUGAACGAACUUCUCGCUCCGAUCUACUACGUGAUCAUGUCCGACCCGCUCUGCACGGACCCCCUUCAGGCAGAGGCAGAGAUCUUUUUUUGUUUCACGGAGUUGAUGCAGGAGCAGAGAGACGCAUUCUGCAAGGCCCUCGACCCGACAGACCACGGCGUCAGUGGACGGAUUGCUCGUCUGAGCGCUCUCUUGAAAAAGAAAGACAUCGUCGUAUGGACGCACUUGGAGACGAUAGGCGUCGAUCCCCAGUUCUACGCUUUGCGCUGGCUCUUGUUGCUGCUUACACAGGAGUUUCAGUUGCCGGAUGUCCUCGUCCUCUGGGAUGCGUUCAUCGCCGACGACGGAUGGCCCCUGCCUCUUCUCUACUACGUUUGUGUGUCGAUGAUUCUGUGGCUGAGACCCGCCCUUCUGGCUGGAGACUUCACUGCAUGCAUGAAACUUCUGCAGCACUUGCCGGCUUUCGACCCUCAAGUGCUUCUGAGAACGGCAGUCCGCAUGCGAGAGGAAGACAUAGCAGAGGGUCCCGCCGCUGUCUCUGAUGUCUCGUCGCCCUCGGCUAGUCUCUCGGCUCGGGCCAACGACCUGGAGCGUCUCGAUCCGCUUCGGACGCGAACGCAACUUCAAUCGCUACCCACUUCUUCUCUUCAAGUGUCUCCUUUGUUUGGGCGAAUUCGAAAUGCCGGGAACGCGUUGUCUUCGUUCGCCUCCUCGGCACUGGCUACGUCCCCGUCUUCUUCUCUCUUGCCGCGCUUCGCCAGCGGCUUCGGAGCCCGAGACGGCGGGAGUGUAGGCUCCGUGGAGCCCAACGACCGUGGCCGGAGCGGCGGUCUCUCCGAGGCGAAGGAGGGAGACACCUGUGGUCUUGAGCGCGAAGGCGAGAGGGCUGAUGGCAUCUCGAGGCAGGUGUCGCCUAGCUUUGGUGAGCCGGUGAGAAAUGUGGAGACAGACGGAAGAGUGGUAGAUGCCGGGAGAGGCAGCGUUCUUCUUCCCAGCUAUGUGUCUGUGGGCUCUGGAAACGCGAAGACUCUCUCUCCUCUUGAAGAAGCGAGGCACGACAGACAGCUCGUACCGCCAGCUAGGCGCUCCGGCGCGCCGCUGUGGGGUGGAGAGCCCGCCCGACGGGGCCCCCAGGAGAGAGGAGGAGACGCGGGUGUGGGGAGAGAAGCAAGGUCUCUUUUGGAAGUUCAAGCGGGAUUUGAGGGCCAGCAAGAAGAGAGAGAUUCGGCGAAGGAGAAACAAAAAGAGAAGGACAGGAAGGAGAGAGAAGAAGAGCGACGGAGGAAAGAGGAAGAAAGAAGACGACAAGUCAUCAGCAGUCUGCCUGCAGCGUUCUUGACCGGGACAACAGAUAGAGAAGAAAAGCGGUCUGGAGUUGCAUCGAGCAGGCAGCGAGAAGAACAGAGACACGAGGAGGGAAUGGAACCUCGGCGAGAACGAGAAGACAGAUUCAACUCGAGAUCUCUCUUACCCUGGAGGCGAGGCGAAGAAGCCAGUGAAAGAGACAGAGACUUCGACAGCACCCUAUCGAGUUUAGGAGAAAAACUAGGAGAAUUACGCUCCUUUGCAGUCACGAGUUUCGUCGCAGACACCGCACGCGCUCUCUGGGCCGCAGGAACGGGAAGUGGCGAAAGUUUCAUUCAGGGAGAACGCGAAAAGUGGACAGAGGGUGAGCGCGAGUGACAACUUCAAUUUGUCAAAGAGACGGGGAAAGCAGAGAAAUCGGAACACCCAGAACAGACACCCACAAGAAACAAGUCUACGAGAAGGAGUGGAGCGGUUCUAUUCGCUUGUGUCGCG